AAUAAACAUUAUAAACUACAGGUUUGCACGUGGAGAAUCAUGGAAUGGUAGGUAACUAUAUGUAUGACGAAACGUCAGGUAAUCACUUUAAACUCUCACUUGAUAAUGAAGCAAGUUUUGAUCCAGCAUGGUGGAGCAAAUCAGAAUCAUUCUUCACAACAGCUGAAAAACAGGGUAUACGAACGGGUCUUUAUUUCGUGAGAGGAUGUAAUAUAAAAAUAAACGGGACUGUUCCAACAUUCUGUCUGCCGUAUACACAUAUUCCAACUAGAGAAGAAACAGACUGGGCAAUCGCUGAUGCUCUUGAUAAGAUGAGGAACAAUAACUUGGAUAUAGCGUAUAUUUAUCAUGAAACUGUGGAUUCAAUGGGACAUUUACAUGGUCCAAGUUCAAAGGAAGUUCAUGAUGCGGUAGAAGAAGUGGACGGUCAUGUUGGUAAACUAUUGGAUAUAAUAGAAACUAAUAAGCAGGUAGAUGUAGAUGCAAUAGUUGUGUCUGAUCACGGGAUGUCAUCUAUAGAUAGACUUCACAAGAUUAAUAUAACAGAAGCUCUAGAUAUGGCGUCAAUUAAAGAAAUUACCGAAGGUGGAACACAAGUCUAUAUAUGGCCACAAGAGGGCAAAGGAAAAUAUGUGUAUGACAAGUUAAAACUAUAUCAUCGUCACAUGCACGUGUACUACAGGGAGGAAAUAAUAAACAGGUGGUUUUUCAAGAAGCACAGUCUCAUUCCACCUAUAUAUCUAACUGUAGAUAAAGGAUGGUUUAUUGUUCAUCCGAGAUCUCCAACAGGUUAUUUUGACAGUAUAAACAAUAUAAUGUUAGGUAACCAUGGUUUCGAUAAUGACGAUCAUGAUAUGAGAUCAAUAUUUCUUGCUUAUGGACCAGACUUUAGAAAGAAAUAUACAGCAAGACCUUUCAACAAUGUCAAUGUAUAUCAAAUCAUAUGUCACGUGACAGGUAUAAAAGCGAACCCAAACAAUGGCACGUGGUCAGAUGUGAAGGACAUAUUUGUGAAUCGACAUUCAGAACUUUAAUAUUUACUAAAGCAUAUCAGCCGCGUCACGACAAAACCAACAUAAUGGGUUUGCGACCAGCAUAGAUCCAGACCAGCCUGCGCAUCCGCGCAGUCUGAUCAGGAUCCAUGCUGUUCGCUUACAAACACUAUUAAAAGUAGAGAAACUGAUAGCGAACAGCAUGGAUCCUGAUCAGACUGCGCGGAUGCAAAUACGCAAUACGUUGGUUUUGUCGUGGCGCGGCUCAUAUAAUAUGGAACAUAGUUUUCCACUUAUCCUCAAAGUUGAACUUCGAAGAACUGUGGCAGGAAACGUGCUGUCGGAUAGAAAACAUGGAACCGUUUCAGCUGCCACGUGGUUACAAAAUCAUCUCAAUGCCUUCCCAUACUAAUUAACACCUUUUGUAUAAAAUUGGAACAUACCA